AUGAACCCCCAAAACAAAAUCGCCCAACGUCUCCGCGCCCUCCAUCAACCGGGCAACCCACUAAUCCUCACAAACACCUACGACGCACCCACCGCCACAAUCAUAGCCUCACUCCCCACCGCCCACGCCGUCGCCACAGCCUCCUUCGCAAUCGCAUCCACCCUCGGUGUAGAUGACAGCUCCCUAACAUCAUCCCAAAACCUAUCUGCGCUGAACUCCAUCGCGUCGGCCGUGCGCGCCGUCAACCCGUCCAAGCCCGUAACGGUGGACCUGCAGGAUGGCUACGGUACCCUGGUCGAACUGACCGCCACAGUCAAGGAAGUGGUCGAGCUAGGCGCGGUGGGGUGUAAUCUCGAGGAUCUGAACAAUGCUACUGGCCAGCUACGGCCGCUGGACGAUGCGGUGGCGCGGGUGAAAACUGUUGUUGAAGCUGCGACGGAAGCCGGCGUGCCUGAUUUUGUGGUUAAUGCGAGGACGGAUGUCCUUUAUCAGGAUGGUGCGACGAUUGACGAUGCUAGUGAUGAGAUUAGGGUUUUGGUGAGGGAGUUGGGUGGGAUGGUGAAUGUGAAGAUGAAUCUGAGGGAUGGGUUCUUGGGUGUUGAAGAGAUUCGAGAUCUUGGUGUUGCGCGUGUUAGUGUUGGGCCGGAGUUGUGGAAGGCUGCGAUGAUGGCGUUUAAGAAGAAUGCGGAGAUGCUCCUGGGGCCGUUCUGA